CGUGAACCUGAUCUACAAUGGAAAAACUGCUUUUGUUUCUGCUGUUCAUUGGCAUAGCAGUGAGAGCUCAGAUCUGCCCAAAGCGCUGCGUUUGUCAGAUUUUGUCUCCAAACCUUGCGACCCUUUGUGCCAAGAAAGGGCUCUUAUUUGUUCCACCAAACAUUGACAGGAGGACCGUGGAAUUACGGCUGGCAGACAACUUUGUUACAAAUAUCAAGAGGAAAGACUUUGCCAAUAUGACCAGCCUGGUGGACCUGACGCUGUCCAGGAAUACAAUCAGUUUUAUCACACCUCACGCGUUUGCUGACUUGCGCAAUUUGCGGGCUUUGCAUUUGAACAGCAACCGAUUGACUAAGAUCACCAAUGACAUGUUCAGUGGGCUCUCCAAUCUUCAUCACUUGAUACUUAACAACAACCAGCUGACUCUUAUUUCUUCCACAGCUUUUGAUGAUGUUUUAGCUCUUGAGGAAUUGGAUUUGUCUUACAACAACCUGGAAACGAUCCCCUGGGAUGCUGUGGAAAAGAUGGUUAGCUUGCACACCCUCAGUCUGGACCACAAUAUGAUUGAUCAUAUUCCUAAGGGGACCUUCUCCCAUCUCCACAAGAUGACCAGGUUAGACGUCACGUCUAACAAACUGCAGAAGCUACCACCUGACCCUCUCUUUCAGCGAGCUCAGGUACUGGCAACCUCAGGAAUUAUCAGCCCUUCUACUUUUGCGUUAAGCUUUGGUGGAAACCCUUUGCAUUGCAACUGUGAGCUCUUGUGGCUGAGGCGGCUCUCCAGAGAAGACGACCUGGAGACGUGUGCCUCUCCCCAGCUGCUGUCGGGCCGGUACUUCUGGUCGAUCCCUGAGGAGGAGUUCCUGUGCGAACCUCCUCUCAUUACCAGGCACACCCACGAGCUGAGGGUGCUGGAGGGCCAAAGGGCAGCGCUGAGGUGCAAGGCCCGGGGGGAUCCAGAGCCAGCAAUUCAUUGGAUUUCACCUGAGGGCAAACUUAUUUCUAACGCAACAAGGUCUGUGGUGUAUGACAACGGUACCCUCGACAUCCUCAUCACAACAGUGAAGGACACGGGCUCUUUCACCUGCAUCGCUUCCAACCCAGCAGGGGAAGCCACACAGACGGUGGACCUGCACAUAAUCAAACUCCCUCACUUGCUGAACAGCACUAACCACAUCCACGAGCCUGACCCUGGCUCCUCGGAUAUCUCAACAUCCACCAAGUCAGGCUCCAAUGCAAGCAGCAGCAAUGGGGAUACAAAAGUCAGCCAAGACAAGAAGGUGGUUGUUGCUGAAGCGACAUCAUCUACUGCUCUGCUGAAAUUCAAUUUUCAAAGAAACAUACCUGGAAUACGCAUGUUCCAGAUCCAGUACAAUGGCACUUACGAUGACUCUCUGGUGUACAGGAUGAUACCUCCCACGAGCAAAACCUUCCUGGUGAACAACCUGGCUGCUGGGACCAUGUACGACCUGUGCGUCUUGGCCAUCUACGACGACGGGAUCACCUCGCUGACCGCCACCAGGGUGGUGGGCUGCACGCAGUUCACCACCGAGCAGGACUACGUGCGCUGCCACUUCAUGCAGUCCCAGUUCCUGGGCGGGACCAUGAUUAUCAUCAUCGGUGGGAUCAUCGUGGCCUCGGUGCUCGUGUUCAUCAUCAUCCUCAUGAUCCGGUACAAGGUGUGCAACAACAACGGGCAGCACAAGGCCACCAAGGUCAGCAACGUUUACUCGCAGACGAAUGGGGCCCAGGUGCAGGGCUGCGGCGGGGCGCUGUCCCAGUCUGCCUCCAAGCAGGCGGUGGGGCACGAGGAGGCCGCCCAGUGCUGCCGGGCCGCCGGCGACGGCGCCGGACCCUCGCCGGAGCCCAGCCCUGGCCCGGAGGCCACCACUACCUCGCCCUCUCCUCACGCGUGGGCCGCCGGCGCCUCCGCUGCCCAGAAGCCGAAGCGGAAGCCGGGGCCAAAGCCCAGCAGCGAGCCGCAGAGCGAAGCUGCCACGAGUAUCGAGUCCCAAAACACUAACAGAAAUAACUCCACUGCUCUGCAGCUAGCUAGCCGUCCCCCCGACUCUGACCAAGGGGUCCCCACGUACAAAAGAGCACAAUCCAAGCCAAGUAAGUUCCUCACCUUGCCGGCCACCACGUCCAGAGCCAAGCGCAGGCUGUCACUGGGCGGCGAGCUGCUGCUGUGCCGCUGCCAGCAGGACGCGGGGCUGUGCUCCCGGCGCAGCCUCUCCAUGAAUGGGAUGCUGGCGCAGGCGGGCCGCUCCGGUGCGGAGGGCGGAACAGCGACGUUCUCGAGCUCUGAGUGGAUAUUGGAAAGCACUGUGUGACCUGCCUUUGGGUUUUUUUUUAAGUUUACCUUUUAUUUCUCUGACAAACAAAAUGCCAAACGUUGUGUGAAGUUCCCUCUCCUGGGGAAUUGGAUUCGGAAGUCCACUGUUGUCUCACUGAGUGAUGGUUUGUCCAUGCGGGGUUCUCUAUAAGCCACCCAGUGCACACGGGGUUUUGUUUAGUUUCCAUUUGGUUUUAUUUAGUAUCCAAACAGAAGGCAACAUUCAGAGUUUAAAAAGAAAAAAAAAGGGAAAAAAAAAAAAAGGUUAAGGGGUGAAAAAAAGCAUGAAACAGCACCAGUGCCUUCCCUGCUCUAGGACUGGCUUCCUGGUUCUGCGGUAGCAGAAAACGCAAGAGAGAGUUUUCACAGAAAAAGCCUUUUAUAAAGGAAAUGAAAUUUCCUCCAAGCUAACAAAUAACCACUUCUGGAUCAAUCAGUAAAAUGAUAUUUUUUAAAAUGGUCAGACUGUAUAUUUCUUUUCCGUGAUAAUGGUGUUGCCUUUGUUUUUAGGCAGAUGCUGUACAGAAACAACAACGCUGUGUUGUUCUCUUGUGUAAAAUAAAAUACUCACUCGGUACACCCAGCCAGCCUGGCAGUGACUGCCCGGGGCGCCCAGCAGUGUGCAGGGGAUGCUGCUCCCUUCCUGUCCCCCGCCGCAGUAUCGGUGCCACAGCUGGGAACCCCUUCCAACAGGACCGGCGCCUGAUCGGUGGCUCCCUGCUUUGCGAUGUGGAAAUGGAAUGUGUUGAGCUCCUGUGUGUGCCAGCACCUCGAGACAGCGGGGAGUGAGGGGCAGCAGUGGGCAGAGGCAAGGGCAGCGCUGGGGGCAGUAACCUCGCUCAUUCCAGGCUUGCAGGGGCCUAUCUCCUGUAGGCACUGUGGUUUGCAUCUGUAGUCCCUGCGCACAGCGGGGUGGCUGGGAGAUGUUCGCACCUUAACAGUGAUGUGCUGCUUGGCUCCGUGCCCCUGGGACGCUGUCAGGCCACGGUGUCGGCCUUGAGCAUAUGGCAAUAGGUGGUAACAGCUCAGACACCCCUGUUGUGAGGGUGAGAAAUGUACUUCUGCUGCUCUGCUCAUUCUGAAGAAAAUUUGAAAAUUAAUACUAAUCAAACUCAUAUGGUCAUCACAUUUAAAUCAAAGGCAGCUUAACUGAGCCGUCUCAGCGCAUUCUCAGAUGCUAAACGCUGUUUUUUAUAUGGGCUUUGAGACCACUAAAGCGAUAGAACAGUUAAAUUUUACACCCUGCGUGCUUGUGCUUG